CGAGAAACUGAUAUAGAUAACCAAAUCAACAAACAAAGGAAUCGAUCAAUCACAUAGAAACGACAACAAACCAAAAAACUCUUCCUCUCUCAACCACAAAAAUGCGAUCGACUUGGGCCUCUCUCCAGGCGACAGCAGCAGUAUGCUGCAUGCUCCUGGGCCAGGUGAUGGCCGCGGAGCGCGGUGACUGCGCGACGAGCCUGCACAUGAUCGCGGCGCGCGGCAGCCUCGAGGCCCCGGGAGCGGGCUUCAUCGGCAAGGUCGCCACGGACGUGGUGGCGGCGCUGCCCGGGUCCGACUUUGAGCCGCUCGUAUACCCGGCCACCCUCAACAACUACACGACAUCGGAGCAGAACGGCACCGAGGCCAUGCUGAACGCCAUCAUCGACUAUGCCACCCGCUGCCCGCAGUCAAAGAUCGCCAUCAUGGGUUACUCGCAGGGCGCCCAGGUCUCGGCCGACGCCAUCUGCGGGACGAGCGAGUCCACCCCGUUCACUGAGACUCAGGCCUUGGUGCCCGAGUUUGCCAGCAAGAUCGUCGCCGUCGUCCUGAUGGGCGACCCAUCACGUGUCAAGGGAGCCGCUUUCAACCAGGGCAACUCGACCAAGAACGGAGUCUUCCCCCGCAAGAACAUCGCCGGCUGUGGAAACAUGAUCAGCCGCAUGGUGUCUUACUGUGACGAAGAUGACCUGUUCUGCGACAGCGGCAAGAGCCUCGACAUUCACGUCACCUAUGUGCAGAGGUACGGCGCCGCCGCCGCCAAGUUCAUCCUCGACCAGGCCGCCGCCCCGGCUCAGCCUGCUGCACCUGCACCCGCCCCGCCUGCCCCCGCUGCGCCGGCUCCGGCUCCGCCCGCACCCGCGGCCCCUGCUCCUGGCCCCAACGCACCGGCACCCGCCCCGCCUGCUCCUGCUGCUCCCGCUCCCGCUCCCGCCCCUGCUGCGCCUGCUCCUGCCGCGCCUGCUCCUGCCGCGCCAGCGCCAGCUCCGCCCGCACCGGCUGCUCCCGCGAAGGGCCCUGCUCUCCACGUGGGAUACGUCUCAUUCGGUGAGACCAAGAAGCGUGCGCUAUCCUUUGUCAGCUAG